UUCUUGACUUAGUUGCUUUACAAGUAUUUUAUAACGAAACCCGUACUCACUGUUAACAAGAUGUUAAACUUCUGUUAAGUUGCAGUCAAACAACGCACGUGUUUUGAUUUUGUUGUUUUGGUUCGUGCUGUUUCGACAUUCCGCAUCGCAAAAUGUUGGCCAAAAAGCAGAAAAUCGAAAAUCAAAGCGAACAAAUGCUAUCAACGCCGCACACACUCCAAGCCCGCCUGAUAUCGGACACAGGCGAGGAAGCAGGUCCACCCAUAGAUCUACCGUCGGGCAUCACAACGCAGCAACUGGGGCUCAUCUGCAAUGCAUUGCUUAAGAAUGAAGAGGCGACGCCUUAUCUAUUCUUUGUCGGCGAGGAUGAGAUCAAAAAGUCUUUGGAGGAGACACUAGACUUAAGCACAGUGGACACGGAGAAUGUGAUUGAUAUUGUAUAUCAGCCGCAGGCAGUUUUUAAGGUUCGGCCAGUGACGCGUUGCACCAGUUCCAUGCCAGGACAUGCAGAGGCGAUAGUAUCGCUGCACUUCAGUCCUAAUGGUGCCCAUUUGGCCAGCGGCAGUGGCGAUACUACAGUACGCCUCUGGGAUCUCAAUACAGAGACGCCGCACUACACCUGCAGCGGCCACAAACAGUGGGUGCUGUGCGUCGCCUGGGCACCGGACGGAAAGCGUCUAGCGAGCGCCUGUAAGGCUGGCAAUAUUAUUAUUUGGGAUCCAGAGACGGGCCAGCAAGUUGGCCGCACACUGAGCGGACACAGGAAACACAUCAACUGCCUCAGUUGGGAGCCCUAUCACCAGAAUCCAGAAUGCCGCAAGCUUGCUUCGGCGAGCAGUGAUGGCGACUGCCGUAUCUGGGACACGAAGCUGGGUCAGUGUCUACUCAAUAUUGCAGGGCACACGAACGCGGUUACAGCCGUCCGCUGGGGUGGCGCUGGCUUAAUCUACACCUCGUCCAAGGAUCGCACUAUCAAAAUGUGGCGUGCCGAUGAUGGAGUACUCUGCCGCACCUUCACCGGCCAUGCACACUGGGUGAACAACAUUGCGCUAAGUACGGAUUACGUACUCCGCACUGGACCCUUCCAACCGGUCAAGGACCGCCAAAUGGCGCAGAUCAAGGGAGAAACUGAAGAACUACGUGCAGCUGCUUUAAAGCGCUUUCAGGCCGUUUGCCCGGAUGAGGUGGAGUCCCUGGUCUCCUGCUCGGACGACAACACCUUGUACUUGUGGCGCAACAAUCAGAACAAGUGCGUGGAACGCAUGACUGGCCAUCAGAAUGUGGUGAACGAUGUCAAAUAUUCGCCGGAUGUGAAACUCAUCGCCUCUGCAUCCUUCGACAAGUCCGUACGUCUAUGGCGCGCUCACGAUGGUCAGUUUAUAGCCACAUUCCGCGGCCAUGUACAGGCUGUGUAUACGCUGGCCUGGUCAGCGGAUUCGCGUCUGAUUGUUUCUGGCAGCAAAGACUCCACGCUGAAAGUCUGGAGCGUGCAGAGCAAGAAGCUGGCGCAGGAGUUGCCCGGCCAUGCGGACGAAGUUUUUGGCGUAGACUGGGCGCCCGAUGGCUCACGCGUUGCCUCCGGCGGCAAAGACAAGGUUAUCAAGUUAUGGGCCCAUUGACAUGCUAACAUAUAUAGCAUCGAUAUAUACUUAUACAUGUAUUUAAACAAUAAAGUUAGAACCCUG